AUGCCGGCUGAGAGCUUCGAGGUGGAGCCGGCCCCGGCGCCGGCGCCGGCACCAAAGAAGAGCCAGAUGCUGAGGUCCAUUUGUCGUGCCUCAGUUUGUGGUCACACAGUUGGCGAUGCGAUCACCGCUGCCAAGCUGCUGGAGGAGGAGGCAGCAGAGAACGGCGAGACGUCGGCAUCAAAGAUCACCCCAUUUGAGGCUAUCGCCAACUUUGUGAUUGGCUGCAUCGGCGCUGGCAUCGUGGUGUUUCCCAAGGUCAUGGCCCAGAACGGCCUUGGCCUUGCACUGUUCCUGAUUUGUGUGGCGGCCGGGGUGUGCUUCGAGUCGGGCAGGCUGAUGGUGGCUUCCUGCGAGCUCACAGAGGCUUUGCGCAAAGAUUCCCCGGGAUCCUGCACCAACUACGAGGACUUGGCAGGGGAAGCCUUCGGUACCCUGGGCAAGACGGUGCUGGCGGUCACGAAGAACAGCUACGCCCUGGGCUCGCUCUUCGUCUAUACUGUCCUCCUCACUGAAGGCAUAGCAUCAUUCCUGGCGGACGUUGCACCCUCUUUGCACAGCGAACGUGCUGUGCGCUGGUUCUUCGUUGCUCCGGCAGUGGUCGCGCUGUCGAUGAUUACGAACUUGAAGCAGCUGGCAAGGGUAGCGCCGCUGGGCACAGCAGCGGUCUUUGGCCAGUGCUGCGCCAUUUGCGUGGGAUCCCUUUUCGCAAGCUUGCAGGAGAUGCCGGGCCGAACCCGCAGCGUUGCAAUGUUCGACAUGCUUCAGAUCGGUUCGGGCCUCUCAGUCUUCGUUUUUGGCUUCGAUGGGGUCGUGAACGUGCCCAGCAUCCGCGGGCAGAUGGCUGACCCGGACACCUUCGCGGGCGCCUUAAGGACUGGCUUCGCAGUGGUUUGUGGCUUCUGCGUGGUGGUGAUGCUCUUGGGCUAUCUGGGCUUCGGCUGCCUCGUGCGUGACAACGUCAUCAUGUCCAUCUCUUCCACUUGUUCAGGCCUGGAAUGCAUCCUCGCUCACAUUGCGAAUGGCGGCGUGAACAUCAACCUCUUGAUCAGCUUCCCCCUUAUUUGGUUUACCGUCAUCAGCUUCAUUGAGAGCGUCGCACCCGGUGACCUCGCUAAGCCGCUGCACCCGAUCAACAUGGCCUUCAGAGCUGUGACGGCAUUAAUGCUGAUUCAACUCGGCCUGCUCUUCGAGUCGCCCAAGGACGUGAUCAGCUUGGUCUCGGCAGUGUUUGGGAGCUUCUUGAGCAUUUUCUUCCCCUUGGUCUUCUUCUACCAGCUCCGGCGCUUGGCUCAGCGCCAGGGCCUCGUCGUGCCGCCGGUGCCGCCCGCGCGGCAAAUCGGCCACGGCCUGGUGGUGCUGGUGGGCUUUGUGUCGCUGAUCUUCGGCUUCCUGCAGGCGCUGAAGAAGUUCACGUGA